UCCAACAACCCUAGUUGCUUUUAUUUACCAAUUUUAAUGUUUUAAUUAUCGCCUGUAAAAUUUUGCCAUUGUUUCGUGGCCCGCAAAAUGAUGAAAAUCGGUGGAAUAACUAUAAGUAAAGCCAGCAGAUAAUAAUAUACGCCCAAAGCGGGCUCCUUGUGUGUUGUGCUACGCGUGUUUGUUAGAGUGUUUGUGUGCGUGUGAUUUUGUGUAUUUUUGCAAAACCGGAAAAGCAAAAACCUCACAGAUACGAACGCCGAAUGCAGAUACAGUAAAUGUAGAUGCGGAUGCGGAUGCGGAUGCCAAUGUUAGUGCGGAAUUUGUUCCUGCAUACAGAAUGCAUCUCCUGUGGCUAUUGCUGGCGUCGUUGCUUUGCGGCUUCACCCUAGGCGCCAAUAUACUGGCUGUUUUUCCCAGUGUAUGGAAAUCUCAUUAUCUCUUCGGACGGAGUUUGCUGCAAGAACUGGUAGAGAGUCGUCCCGGAAAUCACUCUGUGACCUUGAUCAGUCCACAUGCCGUGGAAGAGUCGGAAAUCCCACGGAUUAGAGAGCUGCGAAUCGAGGGUCUGCAUCAGAAUUGGCUGGACAUGGGCAUGAGUUUCCAGGCGGAGGAGAUGCGGGCACAGAGCGUGAUGGAACGCUUCACCAGACUAAUCUAUGCGGGCACCACCAAUGUGGACAUCUUGCUGUCCGAUGGUCAGGUGAGGAAACUUCUGACCAGCGGCGAAAGAUUCGAUUUACUCAUAGUGGACCUAUUCCUGAGCGAUGCUCUGCUAGGCUUGGCCUUUUACUAUGGCAUACCCACCGUUGCUAUCAGUCCCACCGGCGCCAAUUCCUGGCUAAACAAUAUGUUUGGCAAUCCCCAGUCCUCAUCUCUGGAUCCUAGCAACUUUUUACCCUACGAGAGAAUGAACACCAAGCAGAGGAUUGUUAACUCCCUGAUGAGCACCUUCGAACGGCUGACCUACAACUUUUUCCACCUGAUCUCCCAGCAAUCGGUGUACACCAAUCAUUUUGAGCUUCUCGUUAAGGAAUUGCCGCUGUACAGAGAUCUAACCAAGAAUCUAAGCUUGGCCUUGAUUAACUCCCAUCCGGGUUUGCAUUAUCCCAGGGCCUAUCUGCCCAAUAUGGUGGAAGUGGGUGGCUUGCAUUUAACGCCUUCGAAUGGACUUCAAUUGCCAAAUCACUUGCUGUCCUUCAUGGAAACUGCUACCAGUGGUGUUAUCUACUUUAGUCUGGGUGCCGAUGUCCAGACAGCUCAAUUGCCGCCAGAAAAGCUAUCCAUCCUGCUUGAUGUAUUUGGCCACCUAACCGAGUUCCAUUUCCUUUUAAAAUGGGAAACUGAGGAGUUUCCUUCGGAGCUUACUCUACCCGAGAACGUAAUGAUUGCAGACUGGUGGCCACAGCAGGCGAUUCUACGACAUGAGCAGGUGAAGAUGUUCAUCAGUAGCUGUGGGCAGUUGAGCGUCUGGGAAUCUAUAGCCGGUCAAAAGCCAAUACUUGCCAUACCCAUACUGGCCGAGCAGGAGGUGAUGGCCCAGAGACUGAUGCAACACGGUGUAUCGCUGACAGUUAACUAUGAUGCCAUAGCCUAUGAUGCCAUGCUCCAUGGAAUCAGGCAGCUCACGCUUAACACUAGCUAUGUGGAGAAAAUGAGUCAACUGAGGGAGCGUUUGAUAAGCAAGAAUUCCGCUGCCAGCAACAAGGCUGUGCGAAAGAUUCAGUUGAUUUUGGAUUCUGGAGGAGCAGAUUUCCUUAAAUCCCAUGCCAAUACUUUGAACUUUUGGCGAGCCGAAGGCGUGGAUGUGCUGCUUAUCAUUUCCUUGGGUUUCUGUGGAAUUCUAGCGAUUCCCUUCUUGGCAAUUUGUUGUAUUCUAAGGAAAUCCUAUUACAAUCAGGCAGCGCAGGAUCAUCCACCCUACAGGACGAACCUCAAAGUGGUGGGCCGUGUUCAUAGCUAUGGAGAGCAGGGCAGCUGCAAGCCACCCAAGGGUUCAGAGACUCUGCGAAGAACGCGUUCGGCACAAUCUUUGUCGAAUCGCUCCAGCACUUCGAGCAUGAGCUCAGCCACCAGCCCUUCGUCAGCGUCUACAACGCCACUGGACCUGACUCCACCCCCACCACCGAUUCCAUUGCUCGGCCAGGUGCCGCCGCUGCAGCUGUAUGUGAAUCAGCAGCGAUUAUACUCAAGCGAUCGGAAGACAUCACAAUAGAAAUAACACAGAACGAAGGUUCCCAUAACGAUAUAUACAUAUAUAUUUCCAUAGGAAACCUUAAACUAUAUAUAUUACUUCGGGAAUGAAAGGGAUUUUGGAAACUCACCGUCCCAAGGCCUGAAGCGAAAUAUCGUCUAGUGUUAAGCGUGAGUUUAUUUGUUAACAAUUGUGUAAAGUUUUUGUGGUUUUUUAUUUGCAUAAGUUAUAUACCUUAUAAAUUGUACAUAAUUUUUUUAA